AUGGCAUCAGUUUAUGCACCUUCUGCGGAGGAUGUGGUGCGAAGAUUGCGUCCAUUUGGCAUGUUUUUCGAGACAUCGUUGAAGGACCUGAUCAAAAGCAUUCGUGGAGCAAGUGAUGACCCUGAACAGUUGCAACAGGUGCUGGGACGUGCAUUAGCCGAGUGUAGGGAAGAGGUGCGGUCGCCAGACGUGGAAUUGAAGGCAAACGCAGUGGUCAAACUCGCAUAUUUGGAAAUGUAUGGUUUCGACAUGGCAUGGGCCAAUUUCCAUAUUUUGGAAGUAAUGAGCAGCAGCAAGCUCCAACACAAACGGAUUGGGUAUCUGGCUGCUUCGCAGUCGUUUUACAAAGAUGCAGACGUGCUGAUGUUGGCAACAAACCUACUGAAAAAGGAUCUACGAUAUGAAGGUCGGAACGACGGUCGUAAUGAUGUCUUGACCAUGGGCGUUACUUUGAGUGGACUAUCAACUAUGGUCACAGCUCCGUUGGCACGCGACAUUUGUGAAGAUUUGUUUGGAAUGUUGAGCAGCUCAAGACCUUAUAUUCGCAAGAAAGCUGUUGCAGCACUUUUUAAAGUUUUCCUACAAUUUCCAGAAGCACUGCGAGACCACUUCGAUCGUUUCACAGCCAAGCUACGUGACGAUGACCAAUCGGUCGUCUCAGCCACUGUAAGCGUGAUAUGCGAGCUUUCGAAGAAAAAUCCACGUCCAUUUGUCGUGUUAUCACCUCUGCUCUACGAAAUGCUCUUAACCAUCGAUAACAACUGGAUCAUCAUUCGGUUGCUAAAGCUUUUCACAAACUUGGCUCAGGUAGAGCCCAAAUUGAGAAUCAAGAUCCUGCCCAAAGUUUUGGACCUGAUGGAAAUGACUUCGGCUACAUCAGUGAUUUAUGAAUCAAUCAAUUGCAUCGUGCGUGGCCACAUGCUGGAUAAGGAUGACGACGAAGCGGCUGCAAUUUGUUUACAGGAACUCAACAAGUUUUGCAACUCAAAUGAUCCAAACUUGCGCUACAUUAGCGUUAUUCUCUUCUACAAGGUUGGGAAAAUCAACCCACACUUCAUUGCUAAAUUUGAUACUCUGGUGAUUCGGCUGCUUAAAGAUGUGGACGUCUCUAUUCGGAGCCGGGCUCUGGAGCUUCUGGAAGGUGCUACAGAUGAGGAUAAUCUCGCUUCAGUUGUGCAAAUCUUAAUACAACAAUUUGCGGACAAAGACGUGGUAUCUGCAAGCAACCUUUUCCAACAAGCUGGAAAGGCUGGUGUCGAAAUCGAGAUUCCUGUUUCCUACAAGGUCAAAAUGGUGAGCGUGAUCUUGAAAAUCUGCUCUUCCAACAACUACGCCAAGAUCCCUGACUUUGACUGGUUUAUAGCCGUUUUGUCAGAUUUGUGCGUUGUUUCCCAGGAUUUGAAUAACAGCACCAUUGGUAAUCAGCUAGCAGACGAAAUUAGAAAUGUUAUGGUCAAGGUGCCUGAUUUACGUUCCAAGUUCAUCGAUACCAUAGUGAAUUUAGUGCUUAAUCCAGAUUUGACGCAACAAAUGCCUAUGAUCUUGCGAGAAGGAUAUUGGUGUAUUGGUGAGUACUCAAGUGUUUUGAGAAAUGGCGACGAAUUCAUUAAGAAAUCGGUCAAACAGCACCGGGUCCAACCGCAAGUUUCACAAAUAAUGACGCAAGCCCUAAUCAAGGUCUUUAGCAGCUGGUGUAACGACGGCACCGAUAAGCCCAUUCCUUACGUUAAAGAAAUUUUGGGUGAGCUGAUAGGAUUUUAUGAAUCACUCAGUACCUCGCACUGGUUCGAGGUGCAGGAACGGAGUGUGGAGUUUUUAGAGUUUUGCAAACUUUGCGACGAAUCCCUGGAGAGCGAAGAUCACGAACUACCACUUUUAAUCACCGAGGUUCUACCCGGGUUUUUCAAUGCCUACGAUCUUAACCCUAUCAUGGCCGGCACCCAAAGUAAGAUUCAAAAGAGUCUGGCGAUUGAUUUGGAGACGCCCUUUCUCAGCAGUGAAGAGCUAGAAAAUCUUCUCCGGGAAGACGCGAGUAGACAAGACGAAGCAGACUCUGGACUAGAAUCGGACCUGGAACUGGAUUCCGUUUCCGAUUCCGAUUCCGAUGACGACGGCGGUGCUGUGCCUUUAUCUGAGCAGUCUAUGCCCAUCUCGAUUUCGGGAGGCACCGAAAACAGCGAGAUGAGCCCAGAAGAUCGUCAUUCUUUGCAGGCAAAACGCAGGCAGGAUCGCAUGGACAAUCCUUUCUAUCUGGACGCUGGCGAUGAAUCUCCAAAGACCAAAGACGGCAUGUUGAUUAACUUCGAUGGUGAAGAAACGCAUGUAGAGCCCAAGAGCAUUGGUAAACUUGAUCUCUCGACCGUUUCUAGUGGCUCAUUGUCAAGGAAAAAGAACAAGAAAAAGAAAAAGGCACAAGUUCUGAUUGAAGAAGGCCUUCCGGAUUUGAUACAAGACACACAAGACAAUCGCGGUAGUCUCGAUAAAGAGUUAGGUAACCCCUCCAGUGUUAAUUCAAGUGCUAUCAAUCUCAAAACGCAAUCCAAACUCGAUGAUUUUGAUUUCAGUUCAUCCCAGGUGUCCCCUGGCGUGACAAACUUUGGCGAGACAGAUGAUUCUGCUGAUAUCGAAAAGUUGCGAGCCAAAUUUGCUUCUCCGUCUUUUGGCCACGAUCAAAGUCCCGAUGACGAAGUCAUUGUUGUUAAAAAGAAGUCCAAAUCGAAAUCAAAGUCCAAGUCUAAGACCAAGGCCAAAUCCAAGUCUAAAAAUUCCAAAAUAAUUUCAGAGGAGACUCAAAAUUCACAAGUUUAA